GAGCGAUGCAGUACUCGGGAAUUAGGACUAUUCUUUUGAUGACGUCCUCACUCGAACCCAUCGAUUGUUCACCACCGGCUAUGCUUUGCGCUAUAAAGACGCCACUCUAUGCUCCUGCCACAGUACCAUCAAGCUUACCUAUGUCCAUGCGGCAGCGGCGUGGCUUACGAAUGGAGAAGCUGCACGCAUAUAAAUGUCUAGCUUCCGUCGAACAUGGUUAGACCCCUUCUCCGCCAGCGACAUGCUCUUGACGAAGCUACGACCGGACGAAUGGAUUUCGACACGCCAAGUUAGAUCUUCCUUCUCCCUUCCAGUCAUCAGAGAAAUCGGAAAACAUACACUACAAAGCGGGCCAUUUGCGUUGGGAUGGACUUUACAAUGCACUAUUCUCAUCCAAGCCGUUGGAAAAAAGACCCACAAAAGAUUGCAAGCGAUCUGUAAUCUUUACGUUUUACGAGGCUCAACGCCUGCUCCGCCUGGUAGUCUGUCUUUCCGUGCAUCGAUCGGGAGCAGUCAAGAGCAGGCAAAGGUAGUCGAAGUUCUUACAACAACCAAAUGCCUUGGGACGUUUAUCCUGGAGGAAUCCACAUUUAAGGACAAGUCGCAUCUGGCCAUCAAAAUCAUGGUCGCUUUCCCGAAGGAUGUUGUUGCCCAGGUGACUGUUCCGAGCGUUAUUCGCCCAAAUGCUGCUCCCGCCGAUGCCGUGAUCCCAGAUGUUGUUCCUCCUGACGUCGCUCCUCCGGAUCUUCCUCCAGAUGUUAUUCCUCCUGAUAUCGCUCCCCCGGAUCUUCCUCCCGAAGUCACUCGCCCAGACGUUGCCCCCCCUGAGGACCCUCUCCCUCCAGUUAUUCGACCGAAUCCCACCCUUACGUAUUGGUCGAGGGUUCUAAAGGUUAUCAAGUCCACCCUCGACAAUGACGGUAAACUACCUAUUGAUCUCAAAUUCAUGGUGCAUACACGCAUGUCACCUCAUGGACGUAUCGGCUUCCCGAAGGCGGUCUUUGCGAGCAGUAUUCUAUUGGAGGGAUACUCAUCAUAUCUGGAUAGAUGUAUGCGCGUAAUUCUGAUGAAUCGAUGGCUGCUGAUAGUCGAUACUUCCAGAUGUAAAUACGGGCGCAAAGUUGGUCGAUCUCGAUUCUGAUGACAACAAGCAUACAGCGUGGGAUGCGUAUGACUAUGACGCAGAUAGUGAUUUCGAUGGGGACGACAACGAUCAAGAUGCAGCGGAUAUUGAUGCUACAACGACGCCUACGACAGAUUUUGACUUCGAAGGCUUUGAACCAGUAUGCGAGGAGCCGUUGUCAUCAUUACAUCCGUUAGCGGAAUCUGUGGAGUGGCCGAUACCGUUCCCACCAAGGUUAUCACCAGUGGCACGAACAGCAUCAGUAUCUCCAU